AUGGCCCAUGCAUGUCCUUUCAUGCCAGGAUCCAGGCCUGCCCCACAGCUCCUGCCCCCACAGGAGAAGAGGCACUUUCGGAUCUUCUGGUUCUGGGUUCCUCCAGAUCUGAAGGAAACGGUGACAUUUAAGGAUGUGGCUGUGAACUUCACCUGGGAGGAGUGGAAGCAGCUGACUCCAGUGCAGAGGGACCUGUACCGGGAUGUGAUGCUGGAGAACUAUCAGAACCUGGUCUCCCUGGGUUCCCUUAAUCAGGAAACAGUAUAUAAAAUAAAGGGAUCCACACUAAAGCAAGACAUUUUUGUGGGAGAGUCAUCCAAGGAAGGACUCACAAACAGUGACCCCUGGGAUUCCAAGUUGGGAGAAGAAUGGGAAUGUAAUGUCGGAUUGGGGAGGCAAAAGGACAGCCAGGAGAAAAAAUACAGACAAGCAACAGUCACUCAUGAGUGUCCGCUAUUUUCAAGAAGUUUGAGUCUGGGAUUGUACUCUUUUGCACAACAGAUGGAUACUACGAGGAAAACUCUAUUCCAUAGAGAUGGUACAUAUGAUGAGUGCCUUAGACCAUUUUCUGACUUGGUGAAAUGUAAUGGAAUAUCCUCAGGUAAGAAGCCUUAUGAAUAUAAUAAAUGCAAGAAUAUCUCUUUUGACUCAGGCCUUACUCAGAAUCAAAGAAAAUGUAGUGGAAAGAAACAAUAUGAGUGUAAUGAAUGUAAAAAAGCCUUCAGUCAUAAGGGACAUCUUAUUGAACAUAAAAGGAUUCAUACAGGAGAGAAACCUUUUAAAUGUAAUAAAUGUGGGAAAGCCUUUGGCAGCAACUCAUCACUCAGGAAGCACCAGAGAAUUCACACUGGAGAGAAACCAUACGAGUGUAAUGAAUGUGGGAAAGCCUUCAUCAACAGCUCAUCUCUUAAGAAACAUCAGAGAAUUCACACUGGAGAGAAACCAUAUGAAUGCAAUGAAUGCGGAAAAGCCUUCAGUCAUGGGGGAUAUCUUACUGAACAUAAGAGGAUUCAUACAGGAGAGAAACCCUUUGAAUGUAACAAAUGUGAGAAAGCCUUUAGCAAUAGCUCUUCAUUCAGGAAGCAUCAGAGAAUUCACACUGGAGAGAAACCAUAUGAGUGUAAUGAAUGUGAGAAAUCCUUCAGAAGCAGCUCAUCUUUUAAAAAACAUUUGAGACUUCAUUCUGGAGAAAAACAGUUUGAAUGUAGUGAAUGUGAGAAAGCCUUCAGCAACAGUUCAUCUCUUAUGAAACAUCAGAGAAUUCACACUGGAGAGAAGCCUUUUGUAUGUAACGAGUGUGGGAAAGCCUUCAUACAGAGGGGAAAUCUUACCGAACACCAGAGAGUUCACACUGGAGAGAAGCCCUUUAAAUGUAAUGAAUGUGGCAAAGCCUUUAGCCAGAGAGGAAAUCUAACUGAACACCAGAGAAUUCACACAGGUGAGAAACCAUUUAAAUGUAAUGAAUGUGGAAAGGCCUUUGGCAACAACUCAUGCCUUCUAAAACACCGGAGAAUUCAUACUGGAGAGAGACCAUAUGAAUGUAAGGAAUGUGGGAAAGCUUUCAACAAUAGCUCAUCCCUUAUGAAGCACUGGAGGAUUCAUACUGGAGAGAAACCAUAUGAGUGCAAUGAAUGUGGGAAAGCUUUCACUAAUAGCUCAUCUCUUCUAAGGCAUCAGAGAAUUCACACUGGAGAGAAACCAUAUGAAUGUAAUGAAUGUAAGAAAGCAUUCACCAACAGUACAUCCCUUAUGAAACAUCAAAGGAUUCAUACUGGAGAGAAACCCUUUGAAUGUGAUGAAUGUGGGAAAGCCUUCAGCCAUAAAGGGUAUCUUACUGAACACAAGAUAAUCCAUACAGGAGAGAAACCCUUUGAAUGUAAUGAAUGUGGAAAAGCCUUCAACAAGAGUUCAUCCCUUAGGAAACAUCAUAGAAUUCAUACUGGAGAGAAAUACUUUGAAUGUAAUAAAUGUGGGAAAUCCUUCAGCAAAAACUCAUCACUUAAGAAACAUCAGAGAGUUCAUAUAUGAGAGAAAACCUUUCAAUGUAUUUAAUGUAGAAAAGAGUUCCGCCAGAGGGAACAUAUCACUAAACAUUUGGGAAUUCAUAAGGGAAGAAAACCCUUUGAUUGUAAUUAGUGUGGGAAAACCUGUAAGAGCCAUUCAUCUAUUAGAACAAAGCAGAUAAUUUA